GCCGUCUUCUUUGAACUGUAGCUAGAGAAACGUCGCAGGAGGGGGCGCAAAUGUCACGUAACGUGGCGCUGAUGUUAAAAUCGGACAAUUAAGCGACAUUAGCUGAUGCGAGCUGGUAAAACUCAACGCCAAAGACCCUAAGAUGCAGUUCAUGCUGCUGUUCAGUCGGCAGGGGAAGCUGCGGCUUCAGAAAUGGUACGUCCCUCUGUCUGACAAGGAGAGGAAGAAGAUCUCCAGAGAUCUGGUCCAGACCAUCCUGGCCAGGAAGCCCAAGAUGUGCAGCUUCCUGGAAUGGAGGGACCUCAAGAUCGUCUACAAAAGAUAUGCCAGCCUGUACUUCUGUUGUGCCGUCGAGGACCAGGACAACGAGCUGAUCACCCUGGAAAUCAUUCACAGAUACGUGGAGCUCCUGGACAAAUAUUUCGGCAGCGUUUGUGAGCUUGAUAUCAUCUUCAACUUUGAGAAGGCGUACUUCAUUCUGGAUGAGUUCCUGCUGGGCGGAGAAGCUCAGGAGACCUCCAAAAAGAACGUGCUGAAGGCCAUCGAGCAGGCUGACCUCCUGCAGGAGGAAGCCGAGGCGCCACGGAGCGUCCUGGAAGAAAUCGGGCUGACAUAGAGCGCCCAGUGCACCGACGCAGAUCUGAUCACAUCCACGCGUUUUUGUCUCGUCCGCGGUGUCAGUGUUCCAUGUAUAAUAAUCUGCAUCAUUGUACUGUAUCAUUUACUGUACUAUACUGUAAUGUUUAUUCAGCGUGGUGCCAAAUGUGGUCUCGGUGUGUCUCCUGUGUCCAGCUUCCCGCAGUGUUCCCUACUAUUAAGCAGCCAUCACUCGUCACCCCCAGACUCCACAGAGAGUAAUGUAGCACCGACAUCACAACCCCAGCAUGUUUUUGUUUUUAGCUCAUCCAGUGAUGAUCGCUUUUAGCAGAAUCAGUCAUUUGAGUGCUGCUGUUGCCUCAUAUAUAUAUAUAUAUAUA